ACUGGGAACAGAGCACGCACUGUUUCAGGUUACACACACACACUGAGAAGGAGAAAGAAAAGGAGAGAAAAUCCCAGGGACUCCUUUCUUUUCUUGAUGUUUAGUUGGGUUUAUGGAGCCUACGGGUUUGCAAUAUGAAGCUCUCUGCUUUUGCGAUAGUUGUCCUGACUAGGGCUUUUAUUGGAGAGCUGAGUGAAGCUUUAAAUGUGACCGUCACCCCUGGGCCAGUCAGCAUGUGUAUGGAGGGAGACAACAUCACUUUGACCUGCUUAGUGUCUCAGAGAAAGAGAAGCAGCAGUGUCCUGGUGCUACGCUGGCUCUACUUCCCUACCCCUGAAGACGAGCACCUCGUGGGCAGGAUGGGCAUGAAGAAGACCAAAUAUUACGGCAACUACAGCAAGCAUUUUCCCCAGACCAAGUUCCACCUGUGGGAAGCAAUGGACAGACAGAUCUAUCGUUUGCUGAUCCUGAAUGUUUCCCUCAAGGAUGGGGGCAACUAUACCUGUAAAGUGCAGGAAAUACGGAAGCACAGAAACAAUUGGAGGGCCUCGUCAAAUGGAACAGGAAGCAUGGUAUUACAAGUACAUCAUAUAGCGAGCACAGGAAAAGCUGACGUCAUAUGGCGCAUAUUUGAAGAUUUGUAUCUGUGUGCUGCGCUCAUCUGCUCUAUCGGUCUGGUCUGUAUGCUUGUCUUUGCCAUGACUAUCACAUGUCAGCACCUGCAGCACAGACGAAGACUACGAGCCAGUUAUUACCUUGUGAAGUGUCCAGAAAACAGCUCGGGAGAAACAGUAACCAGUGUGUGCAGCUCUUCUCCUGCAAUGCACAGAAAAGAGAGACGGCACAAACCACAGCUCAGAGACAUCACCGAACCACUACCACCACCACAGAUACCAGCUAAAGCACCUGUACCAAGAAAGCCACGAAGGACCAAACUUUUAAAGGCACAACCUACAAAAAGGGUAGGAAUGCUAAAUUUUAUUGAACUCAUUUUACAUAAGAGCAUUAUUUUCUUUCAUACUAAAGCAUUAAAAAGAUUAAGUGAUGAUGAUAGGGUUUCAUAAUCGUCCUAAAUAUAUAUCUUGCUAAAUUGCUUGUUUUAUAAUCAAUUUUGUAUGUAUAAUCCUUUUAUUCACAAUUGUAUAAUAUUUGCAUCAAACAACACACUGUUUUUAGCCUCUCAAUUGAAUUUUCACAGACUAGAAACAUGCAAGAGGGAAAUAAUGUGGCUUUCUCAUUGAGCUU